CCGACUCGGUCGUCGUGCAUUCAUUCUGUCCUGUAUGCCGCAGGUUGACGGCGCCGCACCUUCACAUCACCAGGACGACUCCCCUGCCGCGGGCAAGAAGCUAAAGCCGAACAUGACAGUCAAUCGCCGCGGCAAUGAGCGGCAUUGGGACUUGUACCGCCUUCUCCAGCGCCCGACGCCAUUUGGGAACGAAACGAACGAAGCCAUGGGGCUCGGCGAAUUCGUCCCGGGACAAGCGACCGUUGACUUUCUGCACAACGAGGCCAAGGUGCUCGUGCUGGGUGCGGGGGGGUUGGGGUGCGAGAUCCUCAAGGACUUGGCUUUCUCGGGUUUCCGCGACAUCCACGUCGUGGACAUGGACACUAUCGACGUGUCGAACUUGAAUCGCCAGUUUCUCUUUCGCCGUGCCGACGUCGGCAAGCCCAAAGCAACGAUCGCGUCCAAAUUCAUCAAUGAGCGCAUCCAAGGUGUCAAGGUCACGCCGCACUUUUGCAACUUGAAGACGUUGGACACGUCGUUCUACAGCGAAUUCAAAGUGGUCAUCUCAGGAUUGGACAACAUUGACGCCCGGCGCUACGUGAACUCCGUCCUCGUGUCGCUGGUCGAAUUCGACGACGACGGCGAUAUCGACCCCAGCACGGUAAUUCCGUUCAUCGAUGGCGGCACGGAAGGGUUCAAAGGCCAAGCGCGCGUGAUCCUUCCGCGCAUCACGUCGUGCUUUGAGUGUUCGCUGGAUGCGUUUCCGCCGCCGACGUCGUUUCCAUUGUGCACCAUCGCCGAGACGCCGCGCCAGCCGUCGCAUUGCAUCUCAUACGCGUCCAUCAUCCUCUGGCCCAAGCAUUUCCCCGACACGAAAAUGGACACGGACUCCCCCGAGCACAUGCAGUGGGUAUUUGAGCAAGCCGAGGCCCGCGCCAUUCAAUUUGGCAUUCCAGGCGUGACGUACACGUUGACGCUGGGGGUUGUCAAGAACAUCAUCCCGGCCGUCGCCUCCACGAACGCCGUAAGCGUCGUCUGGCAGUUCAAAUACGAUGGCAAAGGUGGAAACUUGAAUGUAGAUCAUCUCGGCCAUGUGCGUGAAUGAAGCGUUCAAGGCCAUGACGUACUGCAGCCAAACGAUGAACAACUACCACAUGCAUAUGGGCACCACGGGGAUCUACAGCCACACGUUUGUGUACGAGAAAAAACCCACUUGUGGGGUGUGUGCGUCCGAGUCGCAUGUCGUGUCCUUUGAUCCGAACACGACGCUGGGGGACGCGCUGGACGAGGUGGGUGGGUGGGUGGAUGACAUUUGACGGAUGUGAAAGGACAUUUGAACCUGUGGCAUACAUACUAUAGUUGAAAGGAACAUUCCGGCUGUCCAACCCGGCCGUGAGCUGGAGCCGCGGAAACCUCUUCAUGCCCAACCCCCCCGCGUUGUUCGACGCCACCAAGGCGAAUCUGGACAAGCCGCUGACUGCACUGCUUGGAACGGCCGACGCCGUCUUGACCAUCACAGACCCCGUGUAUGCCGGGGACAUGUCACUCCAAGUGCAAGUGCACUUUGCCGAAUCGAGUUAAAUGCAAGUUGAACGUGUUUGGGUAGAAUUGCAAUAUUCCGGUUUUUCUCGUUCCAUAUCACGUUAAAGUACGCCCCUCGUCUCUCG